AUGCUAAUGUACACGUUUACAGUUUUGAGUUGGGUGCGGGAUCUUCAUCAGCUGGCUGCUGAUGGUGCGAGGGAAGAGUGAUGAUUCAAGCGUCGCUGUCAGCGGAACGGUGAUGCAAUUAGGGGAUUUCUUUGGAAAAACUAGUUCAAGAUGAGGUGUGAAUCGAGUUUGUUUUCCGCGAUAAAACGCUUCAUGGAUGUCCCGCGUUUGUGAUCGUUGCGCACAGGAAAUGUAAAGCAAAACCGGAACGUUCUUAUCAUAUAUCGGAAUUUUUAAGUGAUUUGUAUUGUCAAAACUGAGCUAGAAGAUGACCGUGAGCUUUCUCACGAUUGGAACGCUGUUUUCCGUCGGAAUCCUGCUGCGGGCGGCAAUCUCGCUGCAUUCCUAUUCCGGCGAAAGCAAGCCUCCGAUGUUCGGCGACUUUGAAGCCCAACGGCACUGGCAGGAAAUCACUGUGAACCUUCCAAUCCGGGACUGGUACGAGAACACCACGGAUAAUGAUCUGCUGUACUGGGGUCUGGAUUAUCCACCGCUGACGGCGUACCAUAGCUUACUGGUCGGGAAGUGGGCCCAGUUCAAGGAUCCGGCCUUUGUGGAGCUUCACGAGUCGCGCGGCAUUACAGACGACCGGCACAAGGAAUUUAUGCGGAAUACCGUUCUCCUGUUGGACAUUCUGCUGUACAUUCCGGCCAUUCUGGUUGGCUCCUACACCGUUCGGAAGAAGAUUCUCGGUGGAAAUCUCAUGGGGAGCGAUGUCCUGUCCAUGGUCUUUGCCAUCCUGUAUCCAGGUCAGAUUCUGAUCGAUAACGGACACUUCCAGUACAACAAUGCUUCCCUGGGAUUGGCAGCGUUUGCCAUAGCGGCCAUCCUUGCGGAGAAGCAUCUGUUGGGUGCGUUGAUGUUUGUCCUGGCAUUGAACUACAAACAGAUGGAACUGUAUCACGCUUUGCCGUUUUUCUUCUACCUUCUUCAAUGGUGCUUCCGGAGUUCCAAGGGGUUCGAUUUUGUAGGAGGAAUCUGGAGGCUGAUGAAAGUGGGAUCAGUGGUUGUGGUGGCCUUUGUGGCAAUUUGGAGUCCCUGGAUCGGGUCGGUCGACUCGCUGAUGCAAGUGGUGCACAGGGUGUUUCCCGUAGCCCGGGGUGUCUUUGAGGAUAAGGUGUCCAACGUAUGGUGCGUGGUGAAUGUCUUCAUAAAGCUGAGAAACUACCCAAACUCGUUCAUGGCAAUCGUUUGCCUCGUUUGUACGCUGCUCGCCGUUCUACCAAGUGGAAUUCAUCUACUCUUCAGACCAUCCAAGAGAAAUUUCCUGCUUGCACUCCUUAAUUCCUCCCUCGGAUUUUUCCUGUUCAGUUUCCAAGUUCACGAAAAAUCCAUACUCCUUGCCGCUCUUCCAGCCCUCCUUCUGUUCCAACUGUAUCCCAUGGAAUGUUUCUGGCUACUGCAAAUAGCCACCUUCAGCAUGAUCCCACUUCUCCACAAAGACGGUUUACUGCUGCCGUUCAUCGCCCUAACCCUCCUCACACUAACCCUUCUCAAGCUAUCUAUGUCUGCCCUGAACAACUUCAAACCAAUCCAGAAAAUCUCCACCAUCGAUCUGUUCAACCUGGGAACAUUCCUGCAAAGUGACGGCAGUGCAAAAUCCCAUCGCAUCAACCGGGCGCUGGUCAUAAGCUUCUACGGUUCCCUGGUGGGACAGAUGCUGCUCCUGUUUGCAUUCGUUUUCGUGCAACCUCCUGCUCAGUUACCGUUCCUCUGGCCGCUGCUCAUCUCCGCCUGCAGCUGUGGGCACUUUGUGCUAUUCUUUAUCUACUUCAACUAUCGGCAGUUCUUUUCAAAUGGUAAUGAGAAGACGGCGCAUGAUACACGUGCCAUCGGAAAGCGAAAAGUGAAAUAAACGCACAAAAGGUAGUUUUUGUA